AGCGCGGCCCGGCGGAGCUGGUCUUGGUGACGAGCGCCUUUGUACCAGACCAGCUUGUUGGUUUCCAUCACAUUUUAUGCUCAACGGCUGCUAGUCGUACUGCAGACUCGACGAGAGUAACAGUGAGUUUUGUGCUCGGGAACCGCCGCAUAGUAGCAAGAAUACAGUCAGUUUCCUUCUUUUUCUGCAAGGCUCACUCCACUGUAGUGUAGAACACACAGUCAGAGAGAGUGUCCUACGGGUUGUCGUCAGCCAACCGACAGCAGAGAAGAAUUAGUGAAUCCAAUAACGAAUAAAAGAAAGUGAGCGAAUAGAAGAGAGCAAAAUUCCAAGUUGUUGAAAAUUUCCCGUAGAGAUGUUAGAAAGUGAAAAUACAGAAAGUGUAAAAAGGGAAAAUUUGUUGCAUGUUAAAGCCAAAAAUUAAAAAAGAAGUGAAGAAGAAGCAAUGCAAAUCAAAGCAGAGUGAAAUUUGAAGUUUUGCGCCAAUUUGACCCCACAGGAAGAAAGUGACGAAGUAAGUGAUUUUUAAGACAUCAACAAAUCAGCAAAAUAAGCAUUGAUGUGCGUGCAGUAAAAUGGCCUCAUCUCCCACGCCAUCGCUAGAAUCAUUACCCGGUGCAUCAAACUCGAUUGGAUCGUACGGUGAACCAACGGAUUACUUAUCGGACUCUCCCUUAACUACGUUGAGCAGUUCCGCCACCGGAUCAUCGCCCCCAGCCAGUGACUCUGCCAUCUGCGACGACUACGUGACAGCUUCGAGCCUCGAGUCCACCCAGUCGACCAGCUCGGAAUCGCUGUUCCCCCGGUGCACCGGCUGCAAGAGCAAACAGUCGGAUGCUGUUGCCAAGUGUAUCGAUUGUGUGAACUUCCUCUGUGCCAAUUGCGUUACGGCCCAUCAGUUUAUGCACUGCUUUGACGGACAUUCGGUAUAUCGCAUCGCUAACUCGUCCUCCAGUUCGGGGUCAACGACUUUAACGACUAGCUCGCUAGGUUCACUAGACGGAACCCUACUGGCUAACAAUAUUCUUAAUAGCAGUAAAAUGAUGAACGGCUUCGAGCCGGCACCACAUCGCUUGACCUCGCUGAAUUUAACCAUAAAGGACGAUACCAGUAGUCUGGUGAAAUCAAUCAUGAACAAUGUGAUAACGCCACCCACAUCCAAUGGAACUGGUGGCGGCGGUGGAGGCGGGGCAAACGGAAACCUUCCGAUAACCUCGGUCAACCAGCUCAAUAGCCAGUUGUCGGCCCUGAACGUCAACGGCGUAGAAAUGAACGGUCAAAACAAGCCAAAUUACUUCUGCAAACGUCACAGCAACGAACUGCUGAAGUUCUUCUGCCGUACUUGUAGUGUCCCUGUUUGUAAGGAUUGCAUUUCAAUGGAACACCCUAAUGGAAUGCACGAAUGUGACCACAACCCAGACUCGACCCCGAAACAAAUCGAAAGUCUUCUACACACGGUUAGCGAAGUCCGAGCAAAGGCCACCGAACUGCGGACGCUAAUCAAGAACGUAGAGCACAACUCCCAGCGAAUCCAGGUGCAAUACCACAAGGCUCAGAACGAAAUUACCGACACGCAUCAGUUCUACCGCUCGAUGCUUGACGAGCGUAAAGCCGAACUGCUCAAAGAACUCGAGAGUUUCUACAAUACGAAGAAUAUGUCCCAAUCGGUGCUGCUAACUAAGAGCCAGGAUCAGGUCGACAAGGUGCUGCAGAGUUGCGAAUUUGUCGAACGCCUUAGUAAAUGUGCCGGCCUAGCGGAGACAAUCAUGCUGCGAAAGUUCAUGGAAAACAAACUGCUGCUCUUCCCGACGAUCACGCAAGAUCUGCAAUCGUCCUAUGAGCUCGACUUCGUCUCCAACUAUCAAGCGAUUCAGGUAGGCGUCCGGAACACUUUCGGGUACAUCCGAUCGACCUCGGAUGUGACCUCCACGACCAAACAACCCCCCAUCGCACGACCCACAUCGACCAACAACUCGAACGCCGCAUCCAACGGAAUCAUCGGUUCCAACAGCCUAAUCAUGACCAAUGGCAACAGCCCGUCCAGCAGCACCGGUAGUCUGAACCUCAUCCAGCAGAACCAAAUGAUGGUGAAUGGGGGCAGCAGCAGUCACAUCAUGAUGGACACCAGACCGUUCUCCAACUCCAGCAACAACACCGCAAACAGUCACCACCUGUCCACAUCGCCCUCGCAAUCCAACGGCGGCAUCUCCUCGUUUGACUCGAACAUCAUCUCCAAACGCUUCAAUAGCGCCAACAGUCUGGGACCAUUCGUCGGAGAAGUACAGCCGCUGCAACCGCUCAACCCGUACGAAAAGUGGAGCAACGGUGGUAACGACAUCUUCAACAACGUCAAUGACCAAUACACCAUUCCACUGAACCACCUCCCGCAGGAAUCGAUGAUCGAUCUCAGCUCCAAGUUGAUGAACACCAACAUUUUCCCACCGAAGUCGCAAAUCAAGCGACAGAAGAUGAUCUACCAUUGCAAGUUUGGCGAGUUUGGUGUCAUGGAAGGACAGUUCACCGAACCCAGCGGUGUAGCGGUAAACGCCCAGAACGAUAUCAUCGUUGCCGAUACGAACAACCACAGAAUCCAGAUCUUCGACAAGGAAGGUCGCUUCAAGUUCCAAUUUGGGGAGUGUGGCAAACGCGACGGACAGCUGUUGUAUCCGAACCGAGUGGCAGUGGUGAGAACCUCCGGUGACAUAAUUGUGACCGAGCGAUCGCCCACACACCAGAUCCAAAUCUACAAUCAGUACGGCCAGUUUGUGCGAAAGUUCGGUGCGAAUAUCCUGCAGCACCCACGCGGAGUCACGGUGGACAGCAAAGGUCGCAUUGUGGUGGUUGAGUGCAAGGUGAUGCGUGUGAUUAUCUUCGACCAGUCGGGCAACGUCCUGCAAAAGUUCGGCUGCAGUAAGCAUCUGGAGUUCCCGAACGGCGUCGUGGUGAACGACAAACAGGAGAUCUUCAUCAGCGACAACCGUGCGCACUGUGUCAAGGUGUUCAACUACGAGGGCCAGUUCCUGCGCCAGAUCGGCGGCGAAGGCAUCACCAACUAUCCGAUCGGCGUCGGCAUCAACGCCAGCGGUGAAAUCCUGAUCGCGGACAAUCACAACAACUUCAAUCUGACCAUCUUCACCCAGGACGGCCAACUGGUGUCGGCGCUGGAAAGCAAGGUCAAACACGCCCAGUGCUUCGACGUCGCCCUCAUGGACGACGGCAGUGUAGUGCUCGCCAGCAAGGACUACCGAUUGUACAUCUACCGGUACGUGCAGGUGCCACCCAUUGGAUUGUAAAACCCGCGAGGCGAACGCCCCCUUCGCCAACAGAAGAACCAUGACCGUGAGACUACGUGGAGGAAGAACUGUGCCCCGAACCGAUCGCGAAAAUUAUCAAACAAUUAGCUAGUGCUCCCCCGUGACGACGACAACGCAAAGCAAGAAGAAGAAAAAACAUUCACAAUCAACUCUAGUCCUCGCCCCACUGUUCUUCGCCAACCAACCCGAUGAGUGAGUGUGAGUGUGCGCUCGCGACAGGAAGGAUGAAACGGAAAAAUUACCCCCACCGUACAGAUCGUGUGGACAACAACGCAGCAGCGAGAGCGGGAAGCUCCUCGGGACCAUCAACCGAAAUGACCGAGAACGAAGCCGAUGAACCCGAGCGCAAAAAACCGGAAGAUCGACGAGAACUGCGCUGCCUCGCUGCGAGGAGGGGUGAUUUUGUGUGCAUGUGUGAGUGGGUUGGCAGCAGUGGCGGGUGCUCUCUCUGUCUCUCUGUCACGCCGUCACGCGGCAGAACUUUUCUGCGUUGAUCCCAAGAAUGCCGCUGCUGCUUGUGGUGACACGGUUUCUUCCGUCGCUGCCGCGCAUUUGAAUAGUAAGACGACCGACGUCGAGUGGGACGUCGAUGAUGAAAACAUGUGUGUUAUCAAUCUGGAAGCCAGCUGUUUCGCCGCGACGCGGACUGCGGAGAAAGCGCGCGGAAAUACCAGCCAACCAGCCAGAAACGCGACAAAGAAAUUGAGAACAGGGCAUGCUGCACACACAUACGCACGUGCAGCAGCUUGCGGUCGCGUGUACGUGCAGAACGGAGGGUACGACAACGACGACAACGCAACAACGGGAAGAACAGUCAACCGCUUAGAUUUCGAUUGGUGCGCCCUCUCCGCUCGACUGCGAUGCCACUGCACCCGCCCGGCGCGAUUCGUUGCAGGCUAGAGAGAGUGAGAUAGAAAGAGAGAGAGAGAGGGAAGAGAUAAAGUUUAGGGAAGAGAACGAGAGGACCGCACAGUCAAACUUCUCGAAUCCACGCAGUAGUGUUAAUGUUUCCUAUCUGUGUUCAACAAUUGUAAAGCUCUGCGACUCCUGUGCGCAACUACUGAGGGAAAACUGGACAUUUUCUUACCGAAAGGGGGAAAGCAGUUUUCAACACAUUUAAAUUCUUACAGUGCAGUAUUACUGAUUUUUUGUUUUUGUUUUUUGCUCGUUUACUUGUAAGGCCAAGGAGAAAUCCUGUUUUUAUACACUUGUAUCUAGUUUUUUUUGCGUCAUAGUUGCGUGCUCUAGCUUUUUUUUUACUGAAUAUGAUGAAACGAAACAAACACUUUAUGUCUGUAGAAAGUAUCUCGUUAACGUUUAAGGCAAACAAGUCGUCAUAUUUCUGUGUGUGUUUUUGCUACAUAUUACUCAUUUUACCCCUUUUUAUAGUUAGUGGUUAGUCGUAUCACUUUUAGUUAUCUCAUUUUUUAUUAUUGUAUUUUUAUAUAUAAAAGUAAACCUAUUAUUAUUUUGAUAUAUUAUUAUUGUGCAUUUAGAAAAGCGAACACCUUUUUAAAUUAAUAUUAUACACCUUUGUUGGUUAUGUUGAUUUUUGUUUUGUUAAAUUAUUACACUUAAGUUUUUGAGUUUAACGAGUUUUGAGACAACCUUAUACACUUGUGUAGUAGAGUGCUUCAGGAAUGCGAAAACCAACAUCAAUAAACAGCGCAUGAACAUUGUAUAUUUUUUAAAGCAACGAAAUUUGAGCAAUCCAUAACCUGUAAGAUCAGCAGACAAGAGUUAGACACAAGCAUUUAAGAAAGGAUCGAUAAACGAACACAAAAGUCGUGUAAACCCAAACGCAAGUACGUUUCUUUUUACUUCGAUUUAAGAGAUCAAACGACAAACUUAAAGACAAAACAAGCAAAAGCUAGCGCCCGGCGUGGCGAACGGAAGUGAACCGUGGCCCCACGUGAACCCCCCGUGAACUGCCGAGGCUUGACGCUUUCGGGCCCGCCGGGUUCACGCGGAGCCCCUCGUUUCCGACUUCGGCCCGAGGGAAAUUGUUUUAAUUUUUAUUAGAAAUAAACUAGAAAGUUACUUACUUUUUUGAUUAUUUUUAAAUUAUAUACUAUUCGAUGAUUUAUUAACAAAAUAAUUGAAAAAAAAAACACACAAAAAUAAAAGAAUGAGUUGUUUAGAUAAAA